AACGAUGUGUUCAAGCUCCCGCUCCGUCACCAAGAUGUUUGACGUCAGCAAGAUGUGAUCUCCACGCUCUUCGUCAACCGUCCCUGAUCCAGGGUAGAAACUAAUGCCUAGAUCUAGAGCUCUUUGUUCGACUCGGAUGCCGAAUUGAAAGUGUGGAUCGAAACUCUUCUUCGUAGCUCUGUCCUGAACAAACCCGACCGCAAAAAAGCAACCCCAACCUCGUAUGUCCCCAACAAACCUCUUCUAUCCCAAAGGAUAAUAAAGCAGAUGUUGAAAGAUAACCUCCCUUUUCUUGGAGUUCUCGAUGAGACCAUCUCUUUCAAUUAUCUCCUGUACCGCGAGAGCGGCAGCACUGGAUACCGCAUGCGCUUGGAAAGUGUAAGAUCGUUACACCAGUUUCCCGAUAAUCGUGAUGUCUGGCAUGACACCUCUUCCUGCCACGCGAACAUGGAACCAGUCCGUCCCAAACCGCAUAUUAUUUCAUCAAGGGUCAUGAAAGCGCCGUGCUUCUCUCACACCCUUUUCAUCGCCUGGAAACAUCCUGGGACUGGUGGGACGCAGCCAGCCACCGAUCCGCUGUCUAUCUCAGUCACGAACGCGAUGACCUUGGAGGGUCCUAUGCGGUGAAAUUCGUUAUCUAACUCAAGGGCGAGCUUGUUGACAUAAGCUGCGUUUGUUUAUCGGUGCCUUGAAAAAUGUACGAACCCCCUGAAUUUUGGCUCAAUAUCAUCAAGCAUACGUCACAGGUGGGUGAGAGCUUCCGAGUGGCUAGCUAAGGCUGGUUGAUAGAAUGGGUGACAGUCUGGGUGA